AUGGCUGUUCGGCUCUUUAUAAAAAAUGUACUGUAUAAAUGUGGAAACCGUGUGCAUAAAACCGGUUCACGGUCAAUGACACAUUAUCCCAUUGACGACUACGUAUUUGGACUGUCCAGUGAACAGCAACAGCUUAGACAAACAGUUUUCGAUUUCGUUCAAAAAGAAUUGGCACCAAAAGCCUCACAAAUAGACAAAGAAAAUAAUUUCGCUGAGAUAAGACAAUUCUGGAAGAAAUGUGGAGAAUUGGGACUUUUAGGGAUAACGGCAAGUCCGGAAUUCGGUGGUACCGGCGGGAAAUACUCGGACCACUGUGUUAUUAUGGAAGAGCUGUCAAGAGCUAGCGGAUCAAUAGCGUUGUCAUACGGAGCGCAUUCAAAUUUAUGUGUAAAUCAAAUAAACAGGAAUGGCACAGAUGAACAAAAGGCAAAAUAUUUGCCAAAGCUCUGUUCAGGUGACCACUUCGGUGCGCUGGCAAUGUCUGAGCCAGGGUCUGGGAGUGACGUAGUGUCAAUGAAGCUAAGGGCAGAAAAGAAUGGUGAUUACUAUGUACUGAAUGGAAACAAAUUUUGGAUCACUAAUGGACCGGAUGCUGAUGUUUUAGUAGUUUACGCGAAAACUGAUUUGUCAAGCAAACCUCAGCACGGUAUCACAGCGUUUCUGAUAGAGAAAGACUUUCCUGGUUUUAGCACUGCACAGAAAUUGGAUAAACUAGGUAUGAGAGGAUCAAAUACUUGCGAAUUAGUGUUCGAAGACUGUAAGGUCCCAGCCAAAAAUAUACUUGGAUCAGAAAACAAAGGAGUCUACGUAUUGAUGUCAGGCUUAGACCUUGAGCGACUAGUGCUGGCAGGAGGGCCCGUUGGUCUGAUGCAGGCGGCAAUAGAUACAGCGUUUAGCUACGCACAUACUAGAAAGCAGUUUGGCAAACACAUCGGAGAGUUCCAGUUACUACAGGGCAAAAUGGCGGACAUGUACACAACUCUAAGUGCGUGUCGAAGCUACCUGUACAAUGUAGCAAAGGCUUGUGAUGGGGGACACGUGAACAGCAAGGACUGCGCGGGAGUCAUUCUCUAUUGCGCUGAAAAAGCCACACAAGUAGCUUUAGAUGCCAUACAGAUAUUAGGAGGAAACGGUUUCAUAAAUGACUACCCCACUGGCAGAAUACUCAGAGAUGCCAAGCUUUAUGAAAUUGGUGGUGGAACAUCUGAAGUUAGAAGAAUGCUCAUUGGUAGAACACUGAACAAUGAAUACAAAUAA